AUCGCAGCAUUCUGUUAAAUAUUUUUAUAUAAUAAUGGAUACGCGCACAUUAAAUCAUAUUUAAAUCAUUUUAACUUCCAUCAAUAUUUCAUGUCCUUUUAUUGAUUUAAGUAGCCAUCCAAUACAGACAGCCGGUCAUUAAUGCAAAUUACUCUCAAAUUAAGUCCGCUUUGCUUUACUAUUAUUUUCCAUUACAUAGUGCUCACAUCGAAAUGUCAUUUUAUUCUUUUGUGAGUUUUGAAUUUCUUCUGAAACAUCAUUUAUUUGUGGAUCUUUCUUUAAUUUCCAUACAUUUUGUGAAUUUGAAGCUCCGUUUACACCAUAUGUUUGUGACAUUACAUCAUAUUUUUAAUCAAAUUUGUAAGAUUCAUGGGCAGCAGAUCCAUGCAGCCUUAAAAACAAAGUGGAUUCAGCAUUUAGUUAAGUGUAAGCAAAUGUUAUCCAAACCUCGAACACAGCCAUUUAAAUAGAGUAAUGUAAAAAACUUCAGCUCUCUGUAUUUUUAAAGACUCUCCGUUUGUGUCUUUUGGCUGAACAGGUUGUUCGAAGGGUCUGUGUUUAGUCCACAGUGGAUGCUUUCCUCUGGUUCACAACAUUUCUACUCAUCUGUAAGAAAUGUACUUCUGGCAUAAUGUCUUUUACACAAACCUCCUUCGGUCACAAGUAAUUUCCACAGUUAAAGUACAACCAGUUUUGAGGAAUAAUGUAAUAAUAGAUUGAGAUAACUCGUGAACAUGAUGUUAUGCACUUGUGUUUUCAAAAGCCAAAUGUUAGUCAUUGUUGGAGCAGAAAUCAAAGGCAUGUCCGGGGAUGUGAUAUCACAUAUCAGAGCUUUUAAAAGAUUUAAAGGCCAUUUUGGUCUUUGCUUCAGCUCGGUCAGGGAGUUCUGUUUAUUCUCUCCUGAGCUUUGGCUUACAGUGAAUGUUUUGAAUUCUGAGCUUUAAUGUUUGACGUUGAUUUAGUAUUGCACUUCUGUCCACAGACAUCCAGUCCAUUUAGUGCUAGGUCAUCGUCCUAGAUGAUGUCAUUAUUUUAGGUAUGAAGUUUGUGCUAUAGUGUGAAAAAUAUAUACACAGAAAUGCACAGCCUUAAAAACCUUAUUUUAAGGUGUCCUUGUUGGGACAUCUGGAAAAUCAAUUGUUUGGAGAAGAGAAGGUGAAAGCUACUAUGAUUCCUAUGUUGUGCCAACAGUGAAGCAUCCUGAGACCAUCCAUGUGUGGGGUUGCUUUUCAACCAAGGGAGUGGGCAUUCUCAUAAUUCAGCCCAAAAACACUGCCAUGAUUAAAGAAUGGUAUCAAAACAUCCUGCAAGAGCGACUUCUUCCAACGCUCCAUGAGCAAUUAGGUGAUCUGUGCAUUUUCCAGCCAGAUGAAGCCCCAUGUCACAAAGCAAGAGUGAUUAAAAAGUGGCUUGAAGAUCAUUAGGCUACAUUGAAACUUUGGAUCCAUGGCCAGGCAGCUCUGAGAACUAAGGCAAGAAUGGAUCACUAUUAGUCAGAAUUUGGCCCAGAAUUUUUCCCAAUAAAAGCCUUAAAUUUGUAUGCUUAUUGUAUUUCAGUAUACCAAAAAAUAAUCUACAAAUACUGAAGCAGCAAUCUUUGCAAAACACAAAAUUUGUCACUGUCAAAACUUUUGGCUGCGUGUGACAAGGUCAAUGCAUUAAAACAGUUCAGUUUAAUCACCGUUCUAUAUUAAUGAGCUGCUUUAAUUGAUGCGCGCGCGCGCACACAAACUGAGAUCGCACUGAGCAAAAAGUAACAUUCAGAAGCUCAUAAACUUGCCAGCGCUGCCACGCGACUUUUAUUAAUCGAUACUUAAAACGUUAAUAAUUGGUUCCCAUAAAAUAACCUAACGGAGUGUUUGCUGGGAUUUCAUGACACAAUCCCAGUGCUUUACAUUAAAAAAUGAGACGAGAGAACGGCGCUCAACAAAAAUGUUUUAAACACCUGAAACAGAUAAUUAAACUGUCAGCUUUCAUUAGUAUCUCUGCCAGACAGUCCUCCUCCUCCCCUCCUCUCUCCGUCUCGUCCCUGCUCUUUUUCUUCUCUCAUGUUGGCAGGUUCACAUAGACUUGGGAAUGGGGAAAGUCCUGAUGAGUGCAUGUAUCCUCACAGUGGUCUUCAGCAGAGAGGGAACUCCUCACGAGCCGCGCGCGGAGGUUUUUGUGUGUGCCAGUGGAAGAGGCCGUGCAGAGACAAGAAGAGUGUAUUAACGACUACAGCAAACAUCUGAUAUGGAGGAAAUGGAGAAAAGAGUGAAUUUGGAAAAACAACUUUGAUAAGUGUUUCCAAAACAUUCAUCCACAUCUUGUUUGACGUCAUCAGCGCCUCGUAGCCAUGCGGUACACAACACUGUUGACCAUCCUGGCAGCCGUGCUGCUGUAUUUGGUGCUAGGGGCUCUGGUGUUCGGCUGGCUGGAGUCCUCCAGGGAGGAAUGGGCUCACCGCGAGCUGCUGACGUCUCGAAUGGCUUUCCUACAGAACCACAGCUGCGUCACCCAUUACAGUCUGAGCGCAUUCACAGAGAAAGUGGUUGAUGCCAUUGAAGCAGGUGUGGAUGCCAGAAGCACAUCAAAUUAUACCAGCAGAUGGGAUCCAUCCAAUGCUUUCUUCUUCUGUGGCACCAUCAUAACCACUAUCGGCUUUGGAAACAUUUCACCCAAGACAAAAGGCGGUCAGUUGUUCUGUAUAUUUUAUGCUCUGGUGGGGAUCCCCAUGUUUGGGAUACUGUUAGCAGGGGUUGGAGACCACCUGGGCACCCUGCUGAGGAGAGCAGUGGCAAAGAUAGAGACUCUAUUCUUGCGUAAAGGUGUGAAGCCCACCAGUGUCCGUAUCAUCUCCGCUGUCUUCUCCAUCCUGAUUGGCUGCUUAGUCUUCAUCGCCGUGCCGACCAUGGUGUUUCAGGAAGUGGAGAGCUGGAGCCUGCUGGAAGCGGUGUACUUUGUUGUGAUCACCCUGACCACGGUGGGCUUUGGGGACUAUGUGGCAGAGAAUAGGAGAGAUGGAACGCCAACGCCCCUGUACAAGCCGUUGGUGUGGUUGUGGAUAGUCUUUGGUCUGGCGUAUUUUGCAUCUAUCCUCACUAUGGUUGGGAACUGGCUUAGAGUGCUGUCAAAGAAAACACGUGCAGAGAUGGAGGAGCUGAGAGCCCACGCAACAGACUGGACUCAGAACAUCCAGAACAUGUCCAUGGACUUCCGUAUUCCCGUACCACUGGAUCUCAACGACCCCUUUCAGCUCCAGCGGCGACGUCGACGGAAGCGUCACCGCCAUCAUCGCCACCCAAGACUGAGCGCAGUGGGAUUGGCUCAUGGGAUCUCCCUCGAUGCCGAUGUUAUCCGAGAGAACGGACACCUGAUUCUCGGAUGGCCUGUGUGCAAGUACACCCCAGGGUCUGAUAUCAGGUCUGAAGCACUGUCCCGGUCCAGGUCGUGGUGUAGGUUAGAGGGGCCGUAUGAGGUGAGACCAGGAUCGAGGCUGACAGUAGGACCAGCGUCAAGAUCCGUCUCAAGGUUAGAGCUGAAUCCACCAUCAAGACCCGGAUCCAGGUCCCCUUCAGAAUCUGGAACGGGAUCCGAGACACCUUCGGAAUCCUGGUCGGAAUAUGAGUCAAAUUCCCGUAACUCAGAGGACCUGGAGUCUGGAGCUGAAGGGACUCUUAGAUCACUGGAGAGUCGGAAGGAUGUUCCUGUCGUCGUGGUUGACAGCUGCAGUCCACCUCAUCCCUCCCUUCUGGACUUCUUUGGUGAGAACCUAGCGUACAUUGACGAGUCUUCAGACACUCUCAGUGAUCGGGUCAAACCUGCUGGACAGAACCGCCAACGCAAAGCCAAGAGGAGGAGGAGCAUGACGAGACAGAUUCCCCACUCGUAUCCUGUGGGACUGCAGAGGGAGAUCACUAGUGAACUACAACCUCCAUCACACCCUCCAACACCUCCACCUCAAACCUGACAAAUAAACAUCUGACCAAAGGGCUGUUAGCUUUCAGCAUCACAGUUUGACUGAUGCAGACCAUCACAAAUAUGUGUGUAAAGAUAGUUUCGAUUAAAAUGGUUUGUGCAUUGUACAAAAACACUUGAUGCCUCCCAGACAAACAAAGUGGUUUUGUUCAGAAUAGCAUACUACCAUUUCUACAGGUAUGUGCUUUUGUCAAAAGUUUGGGGUGACUUUUUUUUUUUUUUUUUUUUUUAAGUGUACAAGGCUGCAUAAAUACUGUUAAAACAAUAUUGUGAAAUAUUUUAACAAUUCAGAAUAACUUUUCUAUUGUAAUGUAUUUUAAAAUGUAAUUUAUUCCUGUGAUGCAAAGCUGAAUCAUUACUCCAGUCUUCUUCAGUGUCACAUGA